CUCUUUUAUACUAAACUACAAAACUAAUCCUAACUACUUUGUUUGAAAAGAUUGUUCUUGAGUCAUCGUGAGUAGAUCCUAUGAAUGACGUAAACACCUUUCAAAAAGUACGAUUCAAUAUGCAUGAACUAGAACUUUGGGAAUAUUUUUUUUAAAAAAUUUCAUCUAUAAUACGACAUACACAAAGCAUCGAAAAUGUUACUAAUUAAGUGUUAGGACUAUUGAACCAUACAACACUCUUCAUUUCAUUGCUCUAUACUAAACUACAAAAAUAAUCCUAACCACUUUGCUUGAAAACAUGGUUCAUGACUCGAAUCUUGAAAUUCCUAAGAGUCACAAUCACUUUUUAUUUAUUUUCUAGUGUUGGUUGCGUAUGUGAUUGACGUAAACUCCAUUAAAAAAGUAGGAUUCAUUAUGCACUCACCGCACCUAUAAAUAAGUUCAAGACUUGCUUCUCCACUUCUCAUCUCCUUUCCCAUCUCCCAACAUAAAUCUCAUAACACGACCCGUAAUCAGAAAGAGACAAUGGCACAGCCCACCAACUUCAUUCUCACUCCCAACGAAGCAAAAUCCGCCGGCGUCUCCGACCCAAUACACCUUCCGCUGCUGAUUCCACUCGUUCGUUCGCCAUUCUCCACACUCAAAGUCAUAGCCCUCGGACUUGGAUCAUCUGGUCGGGUCUUCGUAGGAGUCAAUGUCGAAUUUCCAGGUUUGCCUCUCCAUCACUCCAUCCACGCCGAGCAGUUCCUCGUCGCCAACCUCGCACUCAACUCCGAGCCAAAGCUCAACUACAUAGCCGUCUCCCCUCCCAGCGCUCCAUGUGGCCACUGCCGCCAGUUUCUUCAAGAAAUCCGCGAGGCGCCUGAGAUCAAAAUCCUACUCACUGAUCAAAACGGCGACAAUGAAUCAUUCGUAAGCCUCGAGAGCCUCCUUCCAGAGAGACUCGGCCCUGAGAGUCUCCUCCCAGAAAAUGUCCCUCGCCUUCUCGAGCCGUGCUAUAAUGGCCUUAUUCUCGCGGGUCCUGAUGUCCCCUACCGUUAUCCCGAUCUGAAGCCCGCGGGUCUAGCGGCGGUGAACAGAUCGUACGCGCCGUACAGCAAAUGUCCGUCGGGAGUGGCACUGGUUGAUCGCCAAGGAAGUGUGUACAGAGGAUGGUAUAUGGAAUCGGUGGCGUAUAACCCUAGCUUGGGGCCCGUGCAAGCCGCUCUGGUUGAUUACAUGGUUCGUUGCGGAGGCGGAGACGGAGGGUUUAAGGAGAUCGUCGGAGCGGUGCUGGUGGAGAAGAAAGAUGCGGAGGUGCGCCAAGAGCAGACGGCGAGGAUGAUUAUGGAGACUAUUGCCCCCAACUGUGAUUUUAAGGUCUUCCAUUGCUACGAGAUGCCUAAAGGAAACUGAUGCAUAUAUAUUGGUAAUGGUACG